CAAUUAUUCCUUUAGAUACAGAUUCAGUGCGUGUGACAUUGGGUGUGUUAACUCGGUCGCAGCGGUUUGAAUUUGAGCUUUAAGUAGCAGAGGUGACAGUUUCGGAGUGCCUGUGAGUAGGUUUUUUUUGCCGACCAUUGUUUGUAGCGAAUUGUGCAUAUUGGAGGUCUUGUAUAGGAGAGGGUCAAGGUUGAAGGGGAUUCACUUCUAGGGUUUCGCUGAUCUUUUCUGGUGAAGAGGUUAGAGCUUGUGAAACAAACAAGUGGGUAUGGCUUCGAGAAUGGAGCAGUCGCAACUUCGCGCGGAAUCGAACCGGGCUAGGGAUGAAGGUCGGGAGCACGUCCACAAGGGCACAGAGGCGGCUAAGGAAAGCGCCAAGGAGUACAAGGGCGCGGUGCAGCAGGAGGGACAGGCUUUGAUGAAAGGUGCUGAGGAUAGGUACGAGAGUGCCAAGAAUUACACCAAGCAGAAGAGUGGCGAGAUUGCGGACUCUGCUGUUGCGACAAAGGACGCCUCCGUGGACAAGACUGUAGGCGCUAAGGAUACUGUUGUGGACAACACGGUUCGGGCCAAGGAUUCCAUCGUCGAUACUACUUCUCAAUACGCUGGUGCAGCUAAGGACAAGCUCGUGGGCAUGAAAGAUAGCGCGCUUCACUCAUUCCAGCAAACCAAGGAUUCCGCUAAUGAAGUGAGUGCGAAUGCCAGAGAUAAUGCUGCAGAAAAUUACAACCAAGCAGCUGGUUACACUCAAGACGCCAGUAAUCGAUUUAGGGAUUCUGCAUCAGAAAAGUACAAUCAAGCAUCGGACACAGUUGGCAAGACUGCUCAGAAUACCCAGAGAGGCGCUCAAGAGAGCUUUGGACAUGCAAGGGACGACACAUACACAUACAUUGAAGAGGCACGGAAGAACCUUGAUCGAGCUAAUAAGUCGCUGGCAGACACGACUGCCAACACAGCUCAUAGUGUAACCCAGAGGACUGCGGAGACAUUGGAAGGUGCUGAGAAUACCGCGGGAGAAUACGCGAAUGCUGCGAAAGACAAAUCGGCUCAAACUUGGGAUGCAACGAAACAGAAAGCUGGUGAGCUAACUGGGACUGCACAGGACAAGAAGGAAGAGGUCAAGGACAGUGCCGGACAGACCUGGGAUGUUACGAAACAGAAAUCUGGGGAGUUCGCAGAUUCUACCAAUAAUAAGAAGGAAGAAACGAAGUCCAGCGCUGGGCAAACAUGGGACUCUGGAAAGGAUAGUGUAGGGCAGACGUGGGACGCCACUAAACAGAAAGUUAGCGAGUUAACUGGCACUGCACAGAACAAGAAGGAAGAGGCCAAGGAUAGUGCCGGACAGAUCUGGGACACUACGAAGCAGAAGGCGAGUGAGGUAGCAGAUGCCGCGGGAGACAGGGAGGAGGAAAUCAAGGGUAAAGCUGGGCAGACAUAUGAGGAUAUGAAGGAGAGCGCUGCUGAGACGUGGGAUGCUACGAAGCAGAAUGCAGGGGAGACGGCAGAUGAAGCGGCUGAUGCGGCAUAUUCAACCAGGGAUCGUUCGUACGAUGCCGCUGGUGUGACGCAAGAUCACACCGCCUCGGCGUGGGAGCAAAUGAAGCAAAAAGCGUCGAACCUGUUGGGAGUUGCCCAGCACAAAAUGCACGACAUUGCUGACGCAACGCAGAGGAAAGCGAAUGAGACUGGAGAUCGAGCAGCUUCAACAUUAGAUUCCACCGAGAAGGCCGUGUCCGACACCGCCCAAGAUGCUGAGGGCAAGCUCAGCUCCACUUGGCAGUCAACAAAAGACAAAGCAUCUGAGGGUGUGGAUGCUGCUAAACGGGGAGUUAAUGAAAUGUCGGAUGAGGCGCGGACUGCUGCUGAGCAUGAGAGGGCUCACGAGCACAAGCGGGGUCCAUUGCUAAGCUUUGAUGGACUCAAGCAAAAGGCGUCUCAACUCCUGGGCGGUCACGAUGAUAGCGCAGAUGAUGCCAAGCGAAGGGCAGAAUCUACAUGGGACGCAACCAAGCAGAAAGCAUCUGAAAAUGUUGGAGAAGCUGAAGAUAAACUCUCCGGGGCUGGCGCGAAGCAAACAGCGUCGCAAGCUUUGGCCGCUGGGAAAAAUGAAAUGGCUGACACUUUCGGUGAGAUGCAGGACAGAAACACGUUGUCUGAGAGCACUGUAGGAGUCACUCCAGAGAGAGGUGCUACGGCUAAAUCCGUUUGGGACACUACCAAGGAUAAGGAUCAUUCCAGGGACAACCAUUCCGUGGUUCCAGAAGUGAAUUGGGGUGAAAUUAAGCAGAAGGCCUCCCAAUUCUCGGAGGGUGGUUCUAAUGAAAUGUCGGAUACCUUCGAUGAUACCGCCGACAGAACCACGCUAUCCGAAAGCACUGCUGGAGCUGUCCAAGCUGGAGCUCAUGCUGCAUCCGAUCCACUGGACCCCUCCCACGCUAAGAUGCAGGCUCCUGAGUACCAUAAAACUCCAGAGAUUACCCACGGCGUGGACUGGAAUGCUGUGAAGCUGAAGGCUUCUCAAGUCUUGGAAAGCUUCGCAAACGAGACCGCUGACACAUUCGACACCAUCCAAGACAGGGAUGUCAUUUCUGAGAGCGUGGCAAUGGCGAACCCACACAAACCAGGGCUAGCCUCGAUCCCAUUUGAUCCCACAUCGACGAAAACUUCAGUUCACGAAAAGGUUAACGAAGCUUCUGACGCAGCGUCGCAGAAGAUGGAAGAAGCACGAGAGGAGGCAGCUAGGACUGCGGAAGACACUCGUCACGACACAGCUACCCACAUGAACAACACCGGAUUGAGCUGGGACAGUUUGAAGCAGAAGGCUUCCGAAGUGCUAGGCAGCAUCCAACACGCCUCGCAGGAUGCUGCGGAUGCUGCGGAUGCUGCCCAUGAACAGGCUGGCAAAGCAGCCAACGACUCCUCCCACACCACGGAAGCAGCCUUGAGGAAAGCUGCUGAUGUUGCAGGAGUUGCAAGUGAUAGGGUGAAUUCUGGUUUCAGUACUGAUGAGACAGUUUAUACCUCCGAGACGAGGAGAGCCACUGCAGGCCAAGUUGCGGAUUACGCAGCUAAGUAGAUUGGUUUCCCAAUAAGUUAGAGGUGGGUAGUGUAGCAAACGAAUGCACUACCAAUCAGUCCGAUUUUCAUUUUCAAGUACCUCUUUGUAAUUUAAAUGAGUGAACAUGACGUCGUUAUACUUCAAUGAUACAGAUCAAAAUUUGCGGUUCUGUGCUUCAUAUUAUGCACAUGCAAUCGUUAUAUCAUUUCAA